ACAAUUGUCAAAGUGUUUCUUACCAAACACAAACACCCCAUUAAUUUUAUCUAAAGUCCCACUUCCACCCAACCACUUCGGUAACUCUUCUUCUCUCUUCUUCACUGAUUUCUGUCAUCCAUAACUGCCACGUUCGGAGAGUCAGAAUUAAGAGAUAUCCAGGUAAACAGAGUCAGAGAAGACAGAAAAAGAGAUCGAUUUGGAGAAAGAAUAGUGAACGGAUAUGGCGAGCGAAGAUCUGGAAAGAGGAGGAGCCAAAAACAGAGCCAACGGCGGCCCUCCACCAACAUAUUACUCCUCUUCUUACUAUCAAGAUACUCCUGAAAAGCAAUGGAUUUCUUGGUUGAUUCCCGCCUUUGUUGUCGCCAACAUUGCUAUGUUUAUAGUAGUCAUGUUUGUAAAUAAUUGCCCUAAGAAAAAUCUCGGCUUUGAUGGGAAAUGUGUCGCCAGGUUUCUCGGCAGGUUCUCCUUUCAGCCUACCAAGGAGAACCCCCUCUUCGGUCCUUCUGCUUCAACAUUAGAGAAGCUGGGAGCUCUUCAAUGGUACAAGGUGGUUCAUGGACAUCAAGGAUGGAGGCUUAUUAGUUGUAUCUGGUUGCAUGCAGGGGUUAUUCAUCUAGUUACAAACAUGUUUUGCCUCAUUUUUAUUGGAAUCCGCCUUGAACAACAAUUUGGGUUUGUGCGGAUUGGGUUAAUUUACCUCUUGUCUGGAUUUGGUGGGAGUGUUCUCUCUGGCCUUUUCAUUCAAAACAAUAAUAUAUCUGUUGGUGCCUCUGGUGCUCUGUUUGGACUCCUUGGAGCAAUGCUCUCAGAACUUAUCACAAACUGGUCUAUUUAUACCAACAAGGCCGCAGCACUGUUAACGCUGGUUGUGAUCGUUGCCAUCAACUUGGCAGUUGGGAUACUCCCUCACGUUGAUAAUUUUGCUCAUAUCGGAGGAUUCUUGACUGGUUUUCUGCUCGGCUUUGUUUUGCUGCUACGCCCCCAGUUUGGAUGGAUUGAACGCCAUAAUCUUCCAGCCAAUGCUCGUGUGAAAUCAAAGUACAAAGCAUACCAAUAUGUCUUAUGGUUGGUUGCACUCAUUUUGUUGAUUGCCGGAUUUGUAGUUGGGCUGGUAAUGUUGUUUAAAGGAGAGAACGGAAACAAACAUUGCAGUUGGUGCCAUUAUCUGAGUUGUGUCCCCACCUCAAGAUGGAAAUGUGAUAAUUGAUUGAUUCAUACGUUUAUUUUUUUCAUUUUCUGUUUGUGUUGAGUUUGGUUUCAGCCGUGUAAAUGUCUAGUUAUGGUUUUUCAGUCGAGAAUGCUUUCCCUCCGUUUAUUUUUUUUGGACACCAUGAGUGGUAAGCUAUAUUUGUUGCUGUUGCUGGCAAUUUCUUUACCAGCAUGUGUAUACACAUAGAAUUGACAUUGAAUGGAGAUGUAUUCUAUUUUUUUUUUAA